UACAUCUUCAUCACCGUCUUGCAUCACUUGUAUACUUCAGAUCGCAUCGCAUCGCAUCACAUCGCUGGCUCGACAGUACUCUGCUCUUCAUUACGAUUACGACAAGGUAACGCAGCAUCAGUCUCACGAAUACGAGCGAUCACUUUCGUCGAUAGACAACAGCAUACCAGCAUCAGCACUUAGUUCAACCUCAGCACAGUCAGCUCAACACCACAAGGUUCAGACGAGCAUUAAAUAGUCAUUCAGGCAGCAUCAAGGCAUUCGAACCCGACGCAACUCAAGAUCACGAUAUGUCCAUCACUCCUCGCCACCUCGCCGGACUCGCCGGUAACUACACCUUUGCCGACGAUCACCCCACUACUUCUACUACCUUGAUUACGAAACCCAGAUCGCAAUCUCGACCCAUCUCCCGGACGGAUCUUGCCAGAAAUACCGUCUUACCCCUGACCCCGCCUUCGAGCGACAAUGACAACGAGAGACCAAAACCGGGCGUCGCGGGCGAGGUUCCUUUGUCUACAUCUUCAGCUCGGCUGGUACUAGGACGGGUCAAGUCGGAGUCGAAAAAGGACAAGGACAAGGGGAUGAGGAUGAAGGGGGAGUCAGGUGGGGUUGAGGUCAAGGUUCGGGAUUUCGGGAGGAAGGUUAUCGUUGAGGAGGAAGAGCAAGAAGAUCAGGAUCAGGAUUACGAGGAGAAGGUGCAGAUUGGAGAUACGAAAGGUCUUCAGGAUAUUACGACGUCUGUCCCGAUCAGUACGGAUCUGCAGAAGCUAUCGGUCCCUUCAGCGGCAUCGACAACCGUAGCUACAUCAAUAUCAACAUCUCCAUCAACAACAGCACCGGCACCAGCGUCGACAUCGAACUCGCUCAGACGUACCCGACUCAUUUCCAAACUCGGACGCGAAAUGUACCUCUACCGGCUCUCUCACAUGCAAGCCAUUCGAUCGGGUGGUCGACGGAGGAGAUGGAUCGCUCCCGGUCAAGUGAAGGUCUUGAAGGCGUUGAUUGCCCUGGACGAGAAGGAGAGGGGGAGAGUAGAGACGCGAAACCCUACGGGCAGGAGUGCCGAUGUCAAGGCACAGGAGGAUCAGGACGAAGUGGGGGACCUCUUGGUUAGCCAUCUGAAAGGGCUGUUACGAGCCAAGACACCGGUCUUGAGCGAAUCGCCCGUCCCGGUCACCCCAGCUCCGACCGAGCAGAUCAAGGUCGAGGUUGAAGAGGAAACCACCGUAUCGUUACCCCGGAUCAACUUUCCUCCUAUCACCUUCACCUUGGACCGUGAGACGCUCCCGACUCCCACAUCCAACCCCAUUCGAUACCCACGAGGAUACAUCCCACCGGCAAAUACUUUCCAAUCGUCCGCCGAGGAAUCUACAGCGGAAGAAGUCAGUGUAGAGUUUAUCAAGCCCGUCCCCAAGGUGAUCAAGGUCUUGCAGGGGAUGACGGGGAGGAUGAGGGAAAAGUUCGCAGGAGAAGCUUGGGUGAGGAGGUUGGACGAUGAGGUUCAGGCGGGAUUGGUCGAGGACGAGGUCAAGGUCGAGUCUGAUACCGAGGCGGAGACGGACUCUGGGAUCAGGCAGGUCAGGGAUGAGGUGGAGAGGUUCUUGGUCGAUGGGAAGGAGGGUGAAGUCAGGUGGGAAGAGGGUGUCGGGAGGUUAAUCAGUCAGGUCAAGGUCGAGGAGGGCAGUGAGGUGUUUGGGGAUGUCUAUGUCUUUCUCGAUCACUCAAACAUCCACCACGGGAUGAUCUCCACCCUCGUCUCCCGCCCUCUACCCAACCUGACAGUCGGGACCAAGAAGAUCCUCAACAUCCCCAUCCUCUCGCUCCUCAUGUUGCGAGGACGUCGACCAGCACGUGACGGUAUGCACCUCGUCGCCAGCGCACCGUUGACGCAAGGGUUGGACGGGGCGGUCAAGAUGGGUUGGAGGUGUUGUGUCUUGAAACGGGUCGAGGUCGAUAGGAAGCCCGGCGAUGGGACCAGUGAAAGCGAGGACAAGGAGAGGGAGAGGGAGAAGGUGCCCGUCAAGGGGAAGAAGGGAGGGAAGAAGACUUGGACGUCGGCUAUCGUCAAGGACGAGACCGAGGCCACGACUACAGGAACGGAUUCGGACACUCCGGCCGUCACCCGACCUCUAGUCCUACCCAACCUGAACGACCCGUCCAUCACCUCCCGGCGAAUGCGGGAACAAGCGGUGGAUGAGCUUCUCCACCUGCAAAUCCUCCAGACGCUGCUCUUCUCCCCUCAACCGGGUACUUUGGUCCUCGGGACUGGAGACGCCAAGGGCGGACAGUUCAACGACCUCGGAUUCCUCGGGUGCGUCAAGUUGGCGGUUGAGAGAGGGUGGAAGGUCGAGCUCUGGACGUGGAGGAAGGGGACGAGCAGGAUGUGGAGGGAAGAAGCGAAGAGGAUGGGUUGGGGUAGGCGGCAGUUCAAGAUCUGCGAGUUGGACGAUUGGGUCGAGGAGGUCGUCAUGGAAAAGGAGUCGAGUGGGAAGAGGUCGAGGAGGAGGUGAUUCGUGGUGGAUGUCGUAUUGCGGUAGCACGUUAUGUAGGAAAUUCUCCGUCAUGUACCAGAAUUACACUACCCACCGAAACCAAUGCCAGUGUCCAAACACCCAACGAAAGCGC